AUGAUAAAAAAUAGAGGUUCAUCAUCCAAUAAAACAACCAAUCCUUAUGCUCUUUAAAUGCAAGAAGAAGCUAAAAAAAUGGUACAAAUAGAUUUAUUCUUAGGCAGACAAAUUGGCAAAACUUAAAUAAAAUUUGAAUUCCUAAAAGAUGGAACGAUCUUAAAUAAGCAAAUAAUCAGGUGAUUCAACAGAAACAUUUAGAUGGCAGAAUAAUACAACUCCAAAUAAUCGAAGUAAAAUGCAUAAUUAAUCAAGUACUUAAGGAUAGGCCUCCUUCAAAUAAGUCAGAACCUAUUGAAUAAUUUUUGAAAUCAAUCAAAUUAGAUACUUAUGUCUAAAAAUUUAAAGAAAAUGGAUUUGAAGAAUUAGAUAUCCUUUUAGACAUUCAAAAAGAAUAACUACAAUAAAUGGAAAUACCAUUAGGUCACUAAAUUAGAUUAAUGAAAAAAAUUAGGGAACUCAAAUAAUUUGUAGAAGUGAAUGAACCUAUCAUAUAAAAUGAAUCUAAGUAUGAUGAAUUGGAAGGUAUCCUUAUUCAAUUACAUAGAACCAAUAAUUGAUUAAAGUUUCACUUAACAGAUUAAAAGAUCUAGCCUGCAAAAAGAAAGGUAAAAAAGUGUUAAGAAAGUAACAUUUUAAUAAAAUGAAAACUAAGAAGAGUAUAAAAGCAUUCAAUAAUCCUUUAACUAAUCAUUCAUCUUGGAUUAAUUACAAGAAAUCUCUAAUUAUAUGAAUCAAAAUCAUAUUGGAGAAAAUUCAAAUAUUAGUGUCCAAACUAGUGCUGACUAAAAUUAAUUUGACAAUAACACAAGCGCUAUCUCUAUAACCAAAUAAAAGCCCUAUGAUGAAUAGAAUGCAUAAUUACUCAGAAUAAAAAAAGUAGCUUGUUGGAAUUGUUUUAAAUUAUUAAUUAAAGACUUCAUCUAUAUUGAUUGCAAUGAGUUUUGCAAUUUAGAAUGCUAUCAAAAAUAUAACAAUUUAUAUCUUGUAAUCAGUUAAUCUAUAUUAGGGUUAAUGUGUAAGUUGUAGUUAAUAAUUUGAUAUAAGAAAUGGAAUUAUGUUGAAUGGAUGUUACUUUUGUACUGAAAAAUGCUCUGAAAAAUAUGAUUUCUAGAUCAUGAAGGAUAAAAAUGAGGAGAUAGAAAAAUAAUUCUUAAACUAUAAAGGUAAUCACUUACAGUAAGAAAUCCAUUAUUAAAAAGAGGAAAUUGAUUUAAAUUUCGAUUGA